AUGCAUCUGUUUCACGAUGGAAACACCUACACUCCAAAUGAGCGACCCUACCCAGGGCAGCGGUCUCGAACGUGGAAAUGCUCGUUGUACUACCGGCUCAAGUAUCGCGCCCGCAUUGUCACCAGUGAAGCCGAUGGGCUACCCAAGCUGCGGGCGGUGGUUGCAGAACAUACCCACUCGAAAGUGUUCCCCAAUUUAACGCAUAAAUUUCGCAACAUUGUUUUCAUAGUGAAUAACGUGGGUGGCCUUCAGCUAUGCGUAGAUGGGUAUCCCUUCAUCCGAUCGAGGACAACAGACGAAGUUCAGUAUUGGACGUGUAACCAACGAAAACGGCUAGGCUGUCCGGUUCGUGCCUCCGUACGUCGUCGAGAGAAAGGAAAAAAACCACUGGUCAAGCUGAGUGGAUGUCACAACCAUCUGAUCAUCACGGAGCUGAAACGAAGAUAUGCCGGAGCACAGCUCGAGUACCGAGGCGGAGACGUGACGUUUUCGCCGAGCUGCCGCGGUAUGCCAAAAAUGACUCUGGAAGGGUACGUCUACAUUCGGAACGCUGGAAAUGCUACCAAGACGUACUGGCUUUGCGAGCGUGGAAAGCGAUUCAAGUGUCGCGCCCUCAAACGAAGAUAUGUCGGAGCCCAGAUCGAGUACCGAGGCAGAGGCGUGACGUUUUCGAUCAGACGAGGUCGUCGUUGUAUGCCCAAAAUGACGCUGGAAGGGUACGUGUACAGACGGAAUGCUGGCAAUGCUAUCAAAACGUACUGGCGUUGCGAGCGUGAAAAGCGAUUCAAGUGUCGCGCCCGUGCGAUAACGUACCAAGGCACAGGGCGCAUCACCAUCAACGAACACUCCCACAAUCACAUGCCGGGAUUUUAG